CGGAGGGCUGGGCCCGGGCUUCCGCGGAGGAGGAGAUGGCUUCCAGCCCGCUGCCGGGGCCCAGCGACAUCCUGCUGGCCUCCCCUUCCAGCGCCUUCCAGCCCGACGCGCUGAGCCAGCCGCGCCCGGGCCACGCCAACCUCAAACCCAACCAGGUGGGGCAGGUGAUUCUCUACGGCAUUCCCAUCGUGUCGUUGGUGAUCGACGGGCAGGAGCGCCUGUGCCUGGCGCAGAUCUCCAACACUCUCCUCAAGAACUUCAGCUACAACGAGAUCCACAACCGCCGCGUGGCGCUGGGCAUCACGUGCGUGCAGUGCACGCCGGUGCAGCUGGAGAUCCUGCGGCGCGCCGGGGCCAUGCCCAUCUCCUCGCGCCGCUGCGGCAUGAUUACCAAACGCGAGGCCGAGCGCCUGUGCAAGUCCUUCCUGGGCGAGAACAGGCCGCCCAAGCUGCCGGACAACUUCGCCUUCGACGUGUCUCACGAGUGCGCGUGGGGCUGCCGCGGCAGCUUCAUUCCCGCUCGCUACAACAGCUCCCGCGCCAAGUGCAUCAAAUGCAGCUACUGCAACAUGUACUUCUCCCCCAACAAGUUCAUCUUCCACUCCCACCGCACUCCUGACGCCAAGUACACGCAGCCGGAUGCCGCCAACUUCAACUCGUGGCGCCGCCACCUGAAGCUCACCGACAAGAGCCCCCAGGACGAGCUAGUCUUCGACGAGGAGGACGAGGAGGAGGAGCAGGAGGUGGACGUGGAGAGCCACAAACCCCCCGAAGGCGAAGAGGAGGAGGAGGAAGGUCGAGACCCCGACGACGACGAGGAGGAAGACGAGGAGACGAGGGUCCUGCUGGGGGACCCCUUAGUGGGGGGGGGCCGGUUCCUUCAGGGCCGAGGGCUGUCGGAGAAGGGGAGCAGCCGGGACCGCGCACCGGCCGCCCCCCCGCCCCCGCCCCCACCCCUGGCUUCCCAGAAAGCGAGCGGCGGCGGCGAUAGCAGCAGCAGCCCGGGCAGCCCGGUCCACCAUCCAUCAUUGGAGGAGCAGCCCUCCUACAAAGAUAAUCAGAAAACUAAGGAAAAUAACCAAGUUAUUUUAUCUACAAAAGAUGACAACUUUUCAGAUAAGAACAAGGAGCACAGCUUUUUCAUCACAGACUCUGAGGCCUCCGGAGGAGAUUUUUGGAGAGAAAGAUCAGGUGAACACACUCAAGAAACAAAUUCACCUCAUUCUCUCAAAAAGGAUGUAGAAAAUAUGGGGAAAGAAGAACUUCAGAAGGUUUUAUUUGAACAAAUAGAUUUACGGAGACGACUGGAACAAGAAUUCCAAGUGUUAAAAGGAAAUACAUCUUUCCCAGUAUUCAAUAAUUUCCAGGACCAGAUGAAAAGGGAACUAGCCUACCGAGAAGAAAUGGUGCAACAGCUACAAAUUAUCCCCUAUGCAGCAAGCUUGAUCAGGAAAGAAAAGCUUGGUGCCCAUCUCAGCAAAAGUUAAACGGUGCACAGAACCACUUACUCUUGUUCUUUUGUAAGAUACAGCCUGCCACUGAGCACUUCCGACACAUAAAGACUGCGAUUGAAAGGGCUUGGGAAUCAAAUAGAAAAUCAGGUUCAGGAAAACCCAAGGACAAGUGACCUCAAAGCCGCAUGGACAACCAUGUAAAAUAGACUGUGGCGGCCGUUCAUUAGUGGGGGGAGGGGAAGCCACCCAGAGCCGUCAAUGCUUGUCGCAUCUUUUGGUGGAACCAAAGUUUGAGUCUCUGUGUUUUUAAAGGCCAACUGAACCCAGAGCGUUGGGAGUGCUGGUAGCCAACCAGGGAGGGAAAUUCAUGGAUGGUCCCAAGUGAGCUCAGUGUUGCACACGUGGAGAGGGCAGCUCUAAAGAUUGUCUGUAACUUUUGAAGAAGUGAUUCUUUGUGGAAAGAAAACACACAACCUGCCCUUGGAGUGGGGGUCACGUUUCAACAGCUAGGAUGGCAUCAGCCGUGUAAACUGCUUUUCAUAGCAAACUGGACGGACUUUCACGUGGCCCCUUCCUCUCUGGUACUUUGCCUGCUGUAUGAAUGAAGAUUGUAUUCCUCUGGAAAUAUUUUACAGUUUAAUAUUGAGUGUAAUUAAGAAUAUAAUCAUGUUAUCAAAAAUGGUAUUUAACUCUGUUGUAGUUUCUUUAACAUUCAU